GAGUGUUGGAGCGAACGUUGCACCUGUCAUUGUCAGAAAUGGACGGUCGAUGAAUCGCGUCCACUGAACAAGUGUGGUUUCCGUCUGUACCGGCCGGGGUUGUCAGGGUACUUGGGUUCAAGCUUAGCUGACAAAAACCAAGUUGGGCGAUUUCACUCGUAAAUUCAUAACUUUUGUUUCUCGAUUCUUUCUCAUCUUGAUCUGUAUGACACAGUGUGAGAUUUUAAGGGAACUUAAAGACCGUAUAAUUUCAUCAGCGGUUUCCAGCGGUCAGAGAUAGGACCCUUCAUUACCACAAGACGCACAAUGUCUUCUACAGGCAGUCGAGAUCUGCACUAUGAUGAUAUUGUGAGCUUAUCAUCAAAGAAAGAAAUUAUCCUCAUAGAUGUCAGGGAACCUGACGAGAUUCAAGAGACUGGAAAACUGCCAGGAAGCACGCACAUUCCAUUGGGUGAUGUACCAAAUGCUCUCAAUUUGAAUGAUGGAGCUUUCAAAGAAAAGUAUGGCAUUGAAAAACCUGGGUUGGAUGCCCCCAUUGUAUUUUCCUGCCGCUCUGGAAAACGUAGUAAUGUUGCUCUGCAGAAAGCAUUGGCUCUUGGAUUCUCCAAUUCUCGUCACUAUGCUGGUGGAUGGCUUGACUGGGAGAAGAAUACUAAAUGAUGUGUUAUAUUGUACAAAUUUAUUACUAUUACAUACCAAGCCAGUUGAGAGUUGACUGCAAGUUCAAGAAAAUCUCCUUGACCGCAUGAUGUGAACCACAUCCAUGAGAAGCUGAUGUCCAUGACCAUCGUGAGCUUGUUAUACUCUGAGCAAGAGACUUUAAUUUUGUAGUGUUUUAGUUUCUGAUGUUUUUAAUAAACAAUGAUUUGACUCUUCA